UCCAGAAUGUGGCUCAGACGGACGCAUCUCGCCCUUCGUCUGCUGUUCAUAGCCUCUUCACUGGGACAUCUGUUGAAGGCCCAGGCCUCCGGGGUCGUGACCAGCUUCAAGAUCUCCGGCAGAAUCGAAUCCCGCUACGCUGUCACUCGCGUCACGUCGCAGAUGCACAACCCUGCAGACAGCGCGGAGGAACUCAAGUUCAAGAUGACUCUGCCCAAGACAGCUUUUAUCUCCUCUUUCAUUAUGGAGAUCGAAGGCAAGAACUACACGAGCCAAAUCAAAGAGAAGGAAGAAGCGAAGAAGACUUACACGUCAGCGAAAAAGCGCGGGAAAUCCACCGGCCUUGUUGCACAGAGGAAGGACAGCGAUCGCACGUUCGAAGUGAGCACCAACGUGGCAGCGAAGGGACACGUUAUCUUCUACCUAACCUACGAGGAGCUCUUACGCCGUGGCAAGGAAGGUUACCUCUAUUCCGUGCAUAUCCGGCCGGGUCAUGUCAUCCCGGCGGUGCAGGUGGAAGUGGAGGUCAUAGAGAGAGAAGCUUUGACUAACAUGACCAUCCUGGAAGUUCCUGGAGAUAACAUAAACGCCGUGAGGAGGGAGGACGUGCGACUCGGAAAUGUCCUGCUUCGCUACGACUACGAAGUCCCGCCGGAUAGAGGAGGACUCGACGGCGUGUUCUCCUUCAAGUACGACAUCGCCAGGAGGCCUGAUGGAGGCGAACUGCAGCAAGAGGGCAACUACUUUGUCCACUACUUCUCGCCGGACGGUCUUCCCAAGAUGCCAGUUCACACUGUGUUCGUGCUGGACGUCUCAGGCUCAAUGAAUGGGAACAAAAUCGUGCAGUUGAAGAAGGCAAUGGAGGCUAUUUUACGUGACCUCAAACCGGAAGAUACGUUUGAGCUGGUGUCCUUCUCCUCGAAUGUACAAAGCAUCGGCUUCUAUAAGGGAACCAAACACCAAAUUGAAAAGGCAGUGAAGAAGGUGAGAAAUCUGGAGGCGACGGGGUCAACCAACCUCAACGAGGCCUACAUAUACUCCAUCAACAAGCUCAACGACCUGGACAGGAAUCACACGGCGAAACAGGUGGUGUUCCUCACGGACGGCCAAGCAUCAGUAGGUGUCACGAGAUCACAGUCAAUAAGGGAGAACGCGAGGCGUGAGAACGUGUUACGCCAUCCUAUCUACGGCCUAGCCUUCGGGGACGGCGCUGACCUCAAAUUGCUUCAGGAAGUGAGUGCCGACAACCGCGCCUUUGCCAGACAAAUUGACGAACACACAGAUCCGGAUAAACAGCUGAUAGGAUUCUACCAGGAGAUCGCCACGCCCCUCAUGGCUGACGUGGAAGUUAGCUAUCUGGAGGACGAGGUUGACCCUGAGACCGUGGUGAAGCAAGGCACGACUCACUACUACUCAGGAGGAGAGGUGGUGACCGCUGGAGUGUUGGCACCGGGAGUCACGCACCUUGAGCCGGUAGUCCGGGGCGUUGGCAAGGCCGGACCUAUACAGUUCAGGGUGAACCGUCUCCACGCAAAUCCAGCGCCCGUUCUCGAUAAGGACAACUAUGUGGCGAGGUUGUGGGCAUACCUAGCUGUGCAGGAUCUUCUGUCUAAGGCCUCAGUGGAAGAAAAUACAGAUCGAGUCACCAGGUUGAAGGCAGAGGCACUGGAUAUUGCCCUCAGAUUCCACUUCGUAACUAAACUGACAUCGUUGGUUGUGGUGCGCCCCGAAGAUGAACAACCUGAAGAGGAGGAGGAGGAGAAGGAGGAGAAGGAGGAGACGGUAGACGGUUCAACAAGCGUUAGAAAUACUGGACGCGUUUCUUCCUCUCAGUUUGAUUCAACACAGAAUAGAAAUGCUAGACGCUUUUCUUCCUCUCAUUUUGUGGACAACGAUCCCCAUUUCGUGGUCCACGUGGACGGACUGCACUUGCCCCUUUGCUUCGAUCUCCAUGCCUCUGAUGGGGCUUCUCUUAGUCUUAUUCAGGACGCGAAAUCUGGCAUAAAGGUGAAUGGCCGGGUGUCAGCAGCGAAGCAUAACCCCAGCCUGACGUAUUUCACAACACUGUUCCUGAGUCUUGGUCACCUCAACGUAACUGUUACGCAUGAUUUUAUUCACAUUGACUGUCUCAGUGACGACGGAACGCAGAUGGUACGCUUUGUCUCCGGAAUCACGUGGCCAGCUCGUAAUAAAGUGGCCAAGAGGCAGUCACGAGGUCGCGGAGGCAAUCGGCGCCAAACUCGCUCUGCUGAUGAGGAGUCGUUAGUGGAUUCGUGUGAUCUGAGGACUUCGUGGGAGGACUUCAGAGGAAUGAAAUACGACGACGUGAUCCUGACCCGCGAAGGGCGCAAGAAAUUCAACAUCGUCUUGGGCGGCGGCGACACCCACUUCGUCAUCGUCCGCUCCAGGAACAAGCGCCACCAGCAGUUCCUCGGAUUCUACGUGAAGGAAUCCGGAAUGCUGUCAGCCGGCACGGGGGGGAUCAUUGAAUCUGGUACUGUAUAA